GCCGUCGUUGGGGGUUGGACCCCGCUUUCCGUCGUCCCAUCCUCACCGACUGCAGCCUCCUGAGCUGCUUCAGGAGCGGCUUUGCGUUUCAGGCCUUUCUUCCCGCUGCCUCCGCUCUUAUCUCCGGCCUUCGCCAUGAUCUAGAGGCUAAGCUAAAUAUUGUUGAGGAAAAAAGACAUCAUGCUUGCCCUCAAGUAGCUUACAGUUUGGAAGAAGAUAAAACAGAAUUCUAGUUGAAUUCUCAGGAACAAAGCCCUUGAUGAAGUCAAAUGUGGAUCCUGUAAAAGGCAGAUGCAUGAAGUUUCAAACAGUGAAUAACCUCGGAGCUUAGCAGUAUGGAGAAGAUGGAGACAAAGAAAAAGGAAAAGGCCCCAAAGGGAGAAAAAGCCAUUAAAGGAAACUGGAGAAAAGAAUGAGAACUUGAAAGAGAAGAAGAAGAGAACCAAUACUCAAAAUAUUUUGAAAGUUUUAAAAAGCAAAAUAUUAGAAUUAGUUAACAACCCUUUUUACAAGUGUUGCUUAUGCUUCCUCUUCUCAUUUUACAUCUGCUUCCUGCCCCCGCUCCCACCGCAUCUAUCUCCCCCUCCCUAAGUCUUUCUGAUACCAGACACUUCACAAAAAUAAUACUGGUUUUGUACAUGUUCUUUCAAUAUAUGUAUUUUAUCUAUUGCUCAUCAUUACUUGGGUUCCUCUAAUUAAAUAAGAACUGCUUCUAACUGCUUUAUCAUUACUGUUGACGAAGUUGUCCUUCUUGUGAGGGACUGCCUGAGAGGAUGACCCAGGUAGCAAAUCAGGAUUUGAACCUACCUCUUAAUUCUCUGCUCAGGAUGGAAGCAUCUUGUACUCUGGGCCUCAUCAAGUUGUUUUAUAUUCUUGUUCAUAUUUUGGGGUUUUUUUAAGGAUUUUUUUUAACCUGCAUAUCCUUGGUAUUAUUUGAAAACUGUUGUUUGACUUCAGCUCUUUUCUUGGAUAUGAAUAUAGGCAAUAGUAAUAUUUAUGGCACUUUGUACAAAAAUGAGGGCAAAUAAAACCUAGUUCAUUCCUUUUAUUAUAGGUUUGCCUUCUAAGGAGAAACUACCCUGAGAUGAAGGUAGCAUCAUUUUUGGUAGCAAAUAUUAUGUGCUUUGGUAUUUUUUUUAACUUUACCUGAUGUAAUAAUAAACUUCUUUCAUUCGGUGAGCUUAGGAGGGUAAAGUGAGAGAGAGCUUCAGCCAGUGAUGGCCUUUCUUUGGAGAUUUGUUUUAAUAAUUACCUAGGCUUUGUUGUCUAUGUUGCCCUGUUAACAUUCCUUGAUGCUAGAAGUGAUUUCUGUCAUAAGCUUUAUCCUCAUAACUUUAUUUCCCAGAGGCAAAGGACAUGCUCUGUGCCUGACUACAUUAUGAAACACUUGACUUUGUCUGACCCAUCCCUCCACUGGCUGCACCACCCAGGACACUAUGAAAAUUAAGAUGCCACUGACUGGAGGUCAGCAGUAAUCCACUGGUUCAGAUGAACUUAACCAACAUGGAACCCCAAAGUCCAGGCUGUGGAAGGUCAUCUCUGAACCUCCUUGAAAAUGAUGAAGUGGAGUUUGUCCAAACUGGUUACGGUAAGGAUAUGGUAAAAGUUCUUCAUAUUCAGCGAGAUGGAAAAUAUCAUAGUAUUAAGGAAGUGGCAACUUCAGUGCAACUUACUCUGAGCUCCAAAAGAGAGUACCUGCAUGGAGACAAUUCAGACAUCAUCCCGACAGACACCAUCAAGAAUACAGUUCACGUCCUGGCCAAGUUCAAAGGCAUCAAAAGCAUAGAAACUUUUGCUAUGAAUAUCUGUGAGCAUUUCCUUUCUUCUUUUAACCAUGUCAUUCGAGUUCAAGUCUACGUGGAAGAAGUCCCUUGGAAGCGUUUUGAAAAGAAUGGAGUUAAGCAUGUCCAUGCAUUUAUUCAUACUCCCACUGGAACGCACUUCUGUGAGGUUGAACAGUUGAGGAGUGGACCUCCAGUCAUUCAUUCUGGAAUCAAAGACCUCAAGGUCUUGAAAACCACGCAGUCUGGAUUUGAAGGAUUCCUCAAGGAUCAGUUCACCACCCUCCCUGAGGUGAAGGACCGGUGCUUUGCCACCCAAGUGUACUGCAAGUGGCGCUACCACCAGGGCAGAGACGUGGACUUUGAGGCCACCUGGGAGGCUGUCAGGGGCAUUGUCCUGGAGAAAUUUGCUGGACCCUGUGACAAAGGCGAGUACUCGCCCUCAGUCCAGAAGACCCUCUAUGACACCCAGGUGCUCUCCCUGAGCCAGCUUCCUGAGAUAGAAGAUAUGGAAAUCAGUCUGCCAAACAUUCACUACUUUAACAUAGACAUGUCCAAAAUGGGACUGAUCAACAAGGAAGAGGUCUUGUUACCAUUAGACAAUCCAUAUGGCAGAAUUACUGGUACAGUCAAGAGGAAGCUGACUUCAAGGCUGUGACAUUGUGGCCACCAGUGGCAGUCCAUGCUCCAUUGAGGCAUUCCUUAAGCCACUUGUGAUGCUGGAAAUCAUAGUGUAUGGUCAUGCAAAUUUUCAACCUAGUAUGUUGAUUUAUAGUGUUCAUUUUCCUCCUAAAUGAAAGAAUUCUAUACCUAGCUCAGCAAAGUAUUUUGGGAUUAGUAAUUAAAACAUGUGUUGUGGAUACAGUUUAUUUCACAAAUGCUGAGUAGUAUUAGAAUAAUCAUAAAUCAGUAUUUCAUUUUAGUGGUCUUGGGCCUUCCUAUCUUAGAGGAGCUUUAGAAUGCAUUCAAUAGGAAGAUAAUCAUGAAUCAAUGGAGGUGUGAUAACAGUUAAUCUUGUGAACAAAUUUAAGAAGCCAGCAUUGCUUUCAUCCUACUGAUGCUAAAACUUGCUCCUUGGCCAUGCAGAAAAUGUAAUGAUAAAGUAAUAUUUUGAAAAAUAUCACCAUUGUGACUUCAAUUAGACUGAAUAUUUGAGUUCUUAAAUAUGCUCUAGCAUAUGUAUUAUUGGGAGUUUAUUUCUACUAUAAAAGUACUUUUGAAAUUUUAAUGUAUCGGUUUUAUGACUUUUACAGCCCUUAAAGAAUGUUUAGUACACACUGAGGCAUUGUAAAAAAGUGUAAAUUGUUUUUCUUUGAAUAAUGUAUCACUUUUGCACAGAGUCACAUUUAAUAAAUGGUAAGUCAUUCCCCAGGUGGCUGAAUAUACAUAUAGAAAGAAGACUAAAGACUAUAUGUAUGAAUGUAUCAGCAGUGAUGAUUUCUGGAUGGUGGGAUUAUGAGUGAUUUUUAUGUUUUGUCUUGUGAUUGAAUCUUCUAGAUAUGAACAUUUGUUACUUUUAUAAUCAGAGAAAUAAAUAUAAUUGAUGAUUUAAAGAUA